AUUAGUUCCUACCCGUUUUAAGUUCGAGUUAACAUCCAACUUUGACUUGGGACAUUGAAAACCCAGUGGCACUGUUUCUGCCAUUACGAGCGAGAUGAUUUUUCACUACUGUAAUAGUCGGACUUGACGUCGCGCUAAAGGGGCCCUUCCCUUUAGUCGGGGAAAGCGAAGUGUCCCGCACCGAUCGCAAAAAUUUCCAAUUUAUAUGGAACACCCAUAGUAAAAAUCAAUCAAUUUGAUCACCACCAGCCCAAAUUUCCCUGAAAAUCAGUCAAAUUCAACAGCAAUGGCUCGCCUAAGCAACCUCCCCAAAAACACGCUUCUCCGUAAUAUGCCAGAGAAGGAUAAGCUCCGUGAGGCUAUUCAGUUCCUCAAGGCCAACCCAGAAGAGACUCCUGCGACUGCGGUACGCGCGUAUUGCGUACGAAAUGAAGAUACAGUAAGGAAAGCGUGGCAGAGAAAGAGGAAGAAGAUGGGGACAGUGAGAGUGCAAAAAGGGGGGCAGAACAAGAUCCUCCGUCCUGAUCAAUAUGCGGCAUUAAUUCAGUACGCAGUAUCAUACGCGAUUAAUGGCGGGAAAGAAGCUACAAAGCAAAUAAUAUAUAACUGCGCAAUAUGGAUGCGAACGGAGGACAAUAAAACAGCUCCAUCUUGGAAAUAGUUCUCUCAAUAGCUAAAGAGCACUCCAGAACUCCAUACGAUUAAGACGAAGCCCAUUGCGAGCCACCGUAUCAAUCUCCAUACCGAACAGAGCCUCCGCAAUUGGUUUGAGACUGAAUAUCGUCCGGCAUUAGAGGAAACUGGUAUAUGCCAUGGGGAUCGGAUACAUAAUAUAGACGAGAAAGGCGUACGAAUUUGUAUGCCUUCAGGAGAGGAAGUAGUAGUUCCAAUUGGAAUCAAGAAGAUAUAUACAGGAAUACCAGAAAAUCGCAUGUCUCUUACGAUAAUUAAGUACAUAUCUGCAGAUGGCAAGGCAAUUCCUCCGGUAGUAAUUAUCCCUGGAAUUAUAAUUAUGGUUUCUUGGUUCUAUAAAAAUAUAACCGG